AUGAAUACACAAACGGGGAGUAACAUCAUAGCACCAGUACAACAUCGUCUAGCAGAGACGCAACAGCAAAUUACAGAUAUCUAUACAAAAAUAGUAAAAAUGGGUCCAUUACCGCAAGGACGAUACAACGAGCAUAUCAAUGCAAGCCAUGGGCCUGAUCCAAAUCUCAUGAAAUUUUACUGCACACAAUACUCUACAAAAUACCAAGGCAACCGACUUGCAAACUUCAAACCACGACCCGGGAAACACACAGGAACAGGCUACCUCUCUAACUUCCGUCCUGGAGUGUACUACAGUUCGCGUAUUGAUGAACUUGAUAACCCUUCAAUGGGACGUAUUGUUGCAGAUAACUAUCACACUGUGACUGAGAAGCAUUUCCAGCCAUACAACACACCAACAGGAACUGAACCACUACCCAACGCAUGUUACCAAGUUCCAAGUGGAUUUGUAAGGCAGAAACCUAUCACAAAUCCAACCAUGCAAGAGGUGAGACAGACAUACAUAGACACCAAAUCAGCUUAUGCCCCGAAUGACAUUCUUCCAAAACACCAAGCCCAUUUACAGAAAAUCCAAUCCAAAGACCCAAUAGCAGCUGAAAACUCCAGCCAUGGUCCAGGAUACAUGACAACUGAAACGCAUGUUAGGUUUAAUGGAGAACCCUCCGAUAGAUCUGGUGUACAGAAUAAGGAUGUGGGACCUAAAGAGGGUUCUGGAUUUACUAACGCUUACAACAUUGAGCCAAUUACAUUCCAUGCAGGUUCACCCCACAAGGGUGAGAUCCCAGGCUGGGCCACUGAUCGACCAACAGGACACAGCAUUAUGCACACCCACUUCUUGCCUACUGAGUUUUUACACGGUGCAGAACCUCUCCCAAAAAUCGCUAACAGAUCUGAUCAUAAUACAGGCUUCACAAGUGGAACUGUCGCUCGUCCUGGAUUCGUACAUCAUAACAUGGCAGAUGCUUAUGAUAAGGCUAAAGAUGUCCCACAGGCAAAACAAGACCGGACAGCAAAGCAGGAUCCAGCCGAGUUCAUCAACAUGCAUAAUCCAAACAACUACUCCAGUAUAGCGAAGGCAACAUUCGGUGGUCAACAAAGACCAGGAAAGUCUGAAUCAGAUCGUCUUGGGCGUACAGGAGUAGGUGCUCAGGAGGUUACAGGCUACGUGGAGAACAAUGAUAGAUUUGUACAAACCUCAGACAACCCCAAUAGAUUCAUCACACAUUAUAACACAAAGUACUAUGACAUAACUCCAAAAGGCAAAGAUCGCGAAGGAUAUGUCGUGGGAGGAAUCCAGCCACAGCUUCCCGAUGGGUUCACCAAAUCUACAAAAGUCGCCACAUAUGGACCUGAUGUAGAAACAACAGCAACUUUACGCAGAUUGCACCCAUACGUUGCAAGAAGCGUCAUGGCUAGAGACAAGUUUUAUGACGAUCAUACACACGAUAGUAAAGUUCAUAAAUCAUUGCCACCCGUGAUGUCAUAGUACAUUUAGGAUAUUAAAUUACCUGUGAUGUCAUAGUAUAUUAAGGAUAUAAAAUUGCUAUUUAGGCUUAACUACAGUGAUUUUUGUAUGCAUGAAAAAUGAAGUGACCAUGUUGCGUCAAGGUUUAGGCUAAAUCAAUAUUGGAUUACCACACUAAAAAACUGAGCAUUCAUUACAUUCUAGAAAAUACGUCUGACACUGUUAUCAGACAUCCGCAGUUAAGUUCUGUUUUGUGACACGCUUGAUUUUUCUAGUUUCUCAAAUUACAAGUUUGGUUAGAGUACAGUGUUAAGUACAAUAGAGUCAGAAUGCCUAUGUUGGAUUACAUAAACAAACUGUUGUGUCAUAUUUCAUGAUUUUGUAUUGUAUCUAAUAUUACCCUUGAAUAAAUGGAUUUUCGUAAUAUUCAAGGGUAAACAGUUACAAUUACAAAUCAUUACUAGUUAUAUAGGGUAUUGGGAAUCAAGUUCAAGUCUGUUAUCUUAGGUUUUGUCAUUCAUGGAUUUUUCUUUUAUAUAAAGAUCCUGAGUGUCAUUUCGAGAAAACUAAGAUUCCAGUUCCAACUAAAUUCAGCCCCAAAUGCUCUAAUUCAUUUCACCAUGUUCACCAGAUAAAGGCAGAUAUAUGUAUUGAUUGUAAACAAUCAUGUCAAAGUGCAAUAUUGUCAUAUGAUUAUAUAACUGUAAAUAUUAGAAAUGCCAUCAUUCUUCAUAAUAUUGGACAAUUGUUCAAACAGGUAGUGCAUAAGUGCAUGUUUUGGCCAUCAUUUAUCAUGUUUAUUGAAUGGACUUUUUUAUAGUUUUUAUAUGAGUGUAAAUAUGUACAUAAAUAAUGCAAAAAUAUAUAUUUAAAGUGAACAAAUAUAAAGCAUUGUGUUACAUUGAUGAACUUUUAUUCUGAGAACAAG